CAUGACUGUCGGAGAGCUGGAUGACCAGGAAGUUGUAACCCUGUCAAGGAUGGCCUAUGCCCAGCCAAAGGUGCUAACACCCAGUAGGAAAGAUGUUCUUGUCCUGACUCCUUGGCUGGCUCCCAUCAUCUGGGAGGGGACCUUCAACAUCGACAUACUGAAUGAGCAGUUCAGGCUUCGUAACACCACAGUUGGACUGACCGUGUUUGCCAUCAAAAAGUAUGUGGUGUUCCUGAAGCUGUUCCUGGAGACAGCAGAGCAGCACUUCAUGGUGGGACACAAGGUCACCUACUAUGUCUUCACUGACCGUCCAGCUGACGUGCCGCAGGUGCCCCUGGGUGCAGGACGGAAGCUGGUGGUGCUAACUGUGCGCAACUACACCCGCUGGCAGGAUGUGUCCAUGCACAGGAUGGAGAUGAUCAGCCACUUCUCAGAGCGACGCUUUCUGCAGGAGGUGGAUUACCUGGUGUGUGCAGAUGUGGACAUGAAGUUCAGUGACCAUGUGGGUGUGGAGAUUCUCUCAGCACUCUUUGGUACCCUGCAUCCUGGGUUCUACAGGAGCAGCCGAGAGGCCUUUAGCUAUGAGCGUCGGCCACAGUCCCAGGCCUACAUUCCCCGGGAUGAGGGUGACUUUUACUACAUGGGGGCCUUCUUUGGGGGGUCAGUGUUGGAGGUGUACCAUCUCACCAAGGCCUGCCAUAAGGCUAUGGUGCAGGACCAGGCCAAUGGCAUUGAGGCCGUGUGGCAUGAUGAGAGCCAUCUGAACAAGUACCUGCUAUACCACAAGCCUACAAAGGUGUUGUCCCCAGAGUACAUGUGGGACCAGCAGCUGCUGGGCUGGCCCUCCAUCAUGAAGAAGCUGAGAUAUGUGGCUGUGCCCAAGAACCAUCAGGCAAUCAGGAACUGAUAGCUGAAUUCCUAUUGGGGAGGACAGACCUA